AUGGGAUCCGGGGACACGGGAUCUGGGCACACGGGAUCCAGGGACACGGGAUCUGGGGACACGGGAUCCAGGCACACGGGAUCUGGGAACACGGGAUCUGGGACACGGGAUCUGGGAACACGGGAUCCAGGGACACAGGAUCCGGGCACACGGGAUCCAGGGACAAGGGAUCCAGGCACACGGGCUCCGGGCACACGGGCUCGGGCUCCGGGGACACGCGACCGACCCCCGACGCAGGAUCCGCCCGUGACGAGCCGGGAUCCGGCGAGCCGGGAUCCGAACCCGACCCGCGGGAGGCGGGCGGCGGCGGAGGCCGGAGCCGGGAUCGUGGCCGGAGCCGAGGAGGAGGAGGAGGAGGCUGAAGCCGGAGCCGGGAUCGAGGCCAGAGCCGGGAUCGAGGCCGGGAUCGAGGCCGAGGAGGAGGCCGAGGAGGAGGAGGCCGAGGCCGAAGCCGAGGCCGGAGCCGGGAUCGAGGCCGGGAUCGAGGCCGAGGAGGAGGCCGAGGAGGAGGAGGAGGAGGCCGAAGCCGAGGCCGAGGAGGAGGCCGAGGAGGAGGAGGCCGAGGCCGAAGCCGAGGCCGGAGCCGGGAUCGAGGCCGGAGCCGGGAUCGAGGAGGCCGAGGAGGAGGAGGAGGAGGAGGAGGAGGCCGAGGCCGAAGGCGCCGGCGGCCCCUGGAUCUUCCCCUUCUACCGCUGGCUGCCCGGCGCCGGCACCUGGGAGCUGGCCGAGGGCACCGCCAAGACGCCGACGCAGGAGCGAAACCCGCUGAUGCGGCGGCACCGGCGGGAGCAGCUGGCGCAGAGGCAGCGGGAGUACGGGCUGCGCGAGUACAGCCCGGGGCUGCCCUGGUGCAUCGCGGCCGAGGGGCCCUGCGACGCCGGCCCCGACCUCCAGUACUCGCUGCCCAAGGCGCUCGCCUUCUACUUCCGGGGCGGGGCCGCGAACCUCGAGGUCGCCCUCAAGGGCUUCCUGUGCCGGGCCGAGUCCUGGGAGAGCCUGGAGGCCGCCGCCAACGUCUUCUGCUGCUACCGCACGCCCGUGUCCGACUACGUGACGCAGCACUGGCGGGACGACGCCUUCUUCGGGUACCAGUUCCUCAACGGGGUGAACCCGGUGCUGCUGCGCCGCUGCCCCCGGCUGCCCCCCAACUUCGCCGUCACCUCGGCCAUGGUGGCGCCGACCCUCGGGCCCCACACCUCCCUCGAGCAGGAGAUGGAGCGGGGCCACGUCUUCCUGGUCGACUACCGGGUGCUGGACGGGGCGCCCACGGCGCAGAUCGACGGGCGCCCGACGUACGUGGCGGCGCCGCUCUGCCUGCUGCACCUGCGCCCCGACGGGCAGCUCCUGCCCCUCGCCAUCCAGCUCUCGCAGGCGCCGGGCCCGAGCAGCCCCGUGUUCGUGCCGGGCGACCCGCCGUGGCUCUGGGCGCUCGCCAAGGCCUGGGUGCGCAGCGCCGACUUCCACGUGCACGAGGCGCUGACCCACCUGCUGCGCGCCCACCUCCUGGGCGAGGUCUACGCCCUGGCCACCCUGCGGCGCCUGCCCGCCCGCCACCCGCUCCACAAGCUGCUGCUGCCGCACACCCGCUUCACCGUGCACCUGGCGCUGCUGGCGCGGAAGCUGCUGCUGAGCCCCGGCGGCGUCUUCGACCGCGCCAUCGCGCUGGGCCGCCGCGGGCUGCUCUGGCUCGUGGCCCGGGGGCUGCGCGAGCUCCGCUACGACGCCCUCGUGCUGCCGCGCGACGUCGAGCGCCGCGGCGUCGCCUCGCUGCCCGGCUACCACUUCCGCGACGACGCCCUGCGCCUCUGGGCGGCCAUCGAGAGCUUCGUGGCGGGCGUCGUGCACCACUACUACGGGGCGGACGCGGCGGUGGCGGCCGACGACGAGCUCCAGGCCUGGGCCGCCGAGAUCUUCCAGCGCGGCUUCCGCGGCCGCCGCAGCUCCGGGGUCCCGUCCCGCCUCCGCACCCGCCCCGAACUCGUCACCUUCGUCACCAUGAUCAUCUACAGCUGCUCGGCCCAUCACGCCGCCACCAACAGCGGGCAGUUCGAGCUCGGCGCCUUCAUGCCCAACAUGCCGGCGGCCAUGCGGGAGCCGCCGCCGGCCGCGAAGGCGCCGCUCGCCGAGGCCGAUUUCCUGGGCGCCGUCUCGGCCGUCAACACGACCUGCGUCACCCUGGCCGUGCUGUGGGUGCUGCGCAACGAGCCGCUCGACAUGCGCCCGCUGGGCUGUUACCCAGAGCACUUCACGGAGGAGGCGCCGCGGCGCCUCAUCGCCGCCUUCCAGCGCCGCCUGGCCCGGAUCUCCCGCGACAUCCGGGCCCGCAACGCCGGCCUGGCCCUGCCCUACGCCUACCUGGACCCCGCCCAGGUGGAGAACAGCGUCGCCAUCUGAGCCCGGACGCCUGGGCCCCCCGCCCGGCGCCGCCCGGACGCCUGGGCCCCGCUGCUGCUGCGCUGCCCGGACGCCUGGGCCCCGGUGCGGCUGCUCCGCCCGGACGCCUGGGCCCCGAUGCUGCCAUGCUGCCCGGACGCCUGGGCCCUGGUGCAGCUGCAUCACCCGGACGCCUGGGCCCUGCUGCUGCUGCCCCGCCCGGACGCCUGGGCCCCGGUGCUGCUGCAUCACCCGGACGCCUGGGCCCCAGUGCUGCUGCCCGCCCGGACGCCUGGGCCCUGCUGCUGCUGCUCCACCCGGACGCCUGGGCCCUGGUGUUGCUGCAUCACCCGGACUCCUGGGCCCCGGUGCUGUCAUGCUGCCCGGACACCUGGGCCCCGGUGAUGCUGCUCCGCCCAGACGCCUGGGCCCCGCCACUACUACAUCGCCCGGACGCCUGGGCCCCAGUGUUGCUGCUCCGCCCGGACACCUGGGCCCCGGUGCAGCUGCAUCACCCAGACGCCUGGGCCCUGGUGCUGCUGCCCCGCCCGGACACCUGGGCCCUGGUGCUGCUGCCCCGCCCGGACGCCUGGGCCCUGGUGCUGCUGUUCCGUCCGGACGCCUGGGCCCUGGUGCGGCUGCAUCACCCGGACGCCUGGGCCCUGGUGCUGCUGCCCCGCCCGGACGCCUGGGCCCCGGUGCUGCUGUUCCGUCCGGACGCCUGGGCCCUGGUGCGGCUGCAUCACCCGGACGCCUGGGCCCCGAUGCUGCCAUGCUGCCCGGACACCUGGGCCCUGUGCUGCUGCUCCACCCGGACGCCUGGGCCCCGGUGCUGCUGUUCCGUCCGGACGCCUGGGCCCUGGUGCGGCUGCAUCACCCGGACGCCUGGGCCCUGGUGCUGCUUUCUCCGCCCGGACGCCUGGGCCCUGGUGCGGCUGCAUCACCCGGACGCCUGGGCCCCGGUGCUGUCAUGCUGCCCGGACACCUGGGCCCCGGUGUUGCUGCUCCGCCCGGACACCUGGGCCCCGAUGCUGCUGCAUCGCCCGGACGCCUGGGCCCCGGUGCAGCUGCAUCACCCAGACGCCUGGGCCCUGCUGCUGCUGCCCCGCCCGGACGCCUGGGCCCUGCUGCUGCUGCCCCGCCCGGACGCCUGGGCCCUGGUACUGCUGCCCCGCCCGGACACCUGGGCCCUGGUGUUGCUGCCCCGCCCGGACACCUGGGCCCCGGUGCUGCCAUGCUGCCCGGACGCCUGGGCCCGCGGAGGCCGCGAGGGCCCCUCUGGGGGCCCCAGGACCCCUCUGUGGCGAAGGGGCCCAGGCGUCCGGGCCCGCCCCCCCCUCGCCCCUCCCCCCCGUCCUGGCACCCGCCCAAUAAAGCUGCUGCUUCUCU